UUAUAUAUAUAUAAAGAAAGAGCCCUGUCCCUGUGGUCGAAUGAUUUUGGGCUCUUUCCUUAAAUAUAUCUGGGUCCAGGCCUCCAGGGAGAUUUGGCAUUGGCUGCAGUUAACACCGUAGUUGCUGACAAGGCAGUUCCUGAUUCGACGAAACCACGUCACCCAAUUGCCUCAUAACGAAUUCCGAGUAAGAAACCAACAAGCAGACUCGCAGAAGCUACUUUGAGGGUGUUUGGCGUAGCUUGAUUCAGGAGCCAAAAUCGAUACAGCAGAGGAAGGAAAAUGACGCUGCUCGGUUCGGUUUUCCCUGUUAGAAUUCGCGCCGCUGCAGUCGCAGUUUUCGCCUUCGUUUUUAUCUUCCUCUCCGUCUUCGUCUCCUCCGCUAACAACGGUUCUCAGGCGAAAUGCAGCAGAAAGUGCGUUGCAGAGAACUGUAACUCGGUUGGGAUUAGAUACGGAAAGUACUGCGGAGUAGGGUGGACUGGCUGUCCUGGGGAGAAACCAUGUGAUGAUCUGGACGCCUGUUGCAAGAUUCACGACGAGUGCGUUGAAAAGAAAGGUUUAAUGAGUGUCAAGUGCCAUGAAAAGUUCAAGAGCUGCAUAAAAAAAGUGAAGAAAUCUGGAAAAGUUGGUUUUUCUCGGGAUUGCCCUUAUGAGACAGCUGUACCUACUAUGGUACAGGGCAUGGAUAUGGCAAUUAUGUUGAGCCAGCUAGGGAGCCCAAAGGUUGAACUCUGAUUUCUGUGUGAAGUGCAUUACCUGUGCUAUCUACUCAUGUUUUAACUCAACAAAAUGCAUUCUUUGAGAAAUUACGGACAAUGGUUUUUUGUUAGUAUACAUUAGUUUUGAAUAUUGAAAAUAUACCUUAAUUUUUUUCAA